AUGCCCAAGGGUUCCAACAACAUUCCAUGGAAAAAUGCUGAAAAUCACCUGAAGGAUGAAGGCAUCUUCAGCCCUGAUAAACUGGCCUGGCAGGACUGCCCUAACCUGGAUGCAUUCGCUCAUCAUCUGGAGGGCCAGUUUGGCAGGUUUGUUAAUGCUGUUGCAGAGAUUUGUGGUGAAGCCUUAGAAUCUGGUGCUCCAUGUACAUAUGAGUUCAUGUUAAAAUUGAAUGUUUGCCAGGUCCAUCAUGUGGAAACCAAGGAAUCAUUCAUUGUUAAGGAUACCUGGCACAACGUGAUUUCACAGUUCCAGAGCAGGGCAGGGUUAGCAAAAGCCCUAAGAGAUUGCAUCAUUGCACAUAGAGAAGUGUUUCAGACCUUCAAGGUAUUGCACCAUGACAUCCACAUUGGUAAUUUAUACAUCAAAACCAAAACUGGUAAUGAUGCUGGAGGUGAACUUGGAGAUUGGGAUUUUGCAGACUGUCAAGAUCUACACAUAGUACAACAACGUCUCCAACCUCUCAACUGUGCAUUCCCCAAAAUGGCUGAGCCCAUCAUCCCUGCCUCCAGCCCUAUGUCCACAGUCUCCAGCUUGACAUCAAUGCCCUCUUCUCCCAAACCAUUCCAGCUACACAAGACCCUUUGCCCACAGCUGUCAAGGGUGCUGGCACAGGCACCAUCAUGGCAAACACUCACCACAGAUAAUGAAUCAGAUCCUGAUGCCCAACAGAUGUCAACAUCUGAUCCUUGGGACCAAUUCAGCAGAAUGGAUAUCCAUGAUGAUCUUAAAUCAUUCUUCUAUGUGAUUGUGAUCAUCAUGGUUGCCUUCCAUGAGGCCAGCAAGCAAAAGUCUGCUGAGAAAUUGGAGGAGACGAUACUGGCAGAUCAUUGGUGGAACCAGCAGCACUGGAGAUCAUCUGCAGAGUGGAAGGUUACCACCAUGAAGCAGGAUGCUCUAUGGAAAUCAUGCAUAGCACCUCACAUAGUGAGGAAUAUACUGUUUCUUGCUGUUGGGUCAUCAUACACACCCACCAAAGUGUUAAAGAUCUCCUCAGUGCUGAACACUGUGGCAGCAACAAGUGAGCUUCCUGAGGGUGAUGUCCAGCCAGAACCCAUAAAUGAACCUCCUAGUAGAGCUAUCAUCAAGAAAACUUCUCAUGCUCACCCCACUGCAACCAUUUCCACUGGCAUCCUGCCUACCAAGGAGAGCACCAUCACUGAUCCUGUUGCCAAUUCCGCUUCCAAUAUUGUGGCCAGUUCCUCUAAACACAAGGCUCCCAAGGAUGUCAAUAACCACACAAGGAAGAAGUCUUGUGCCAGUGAGAAGAACUCACUUGCUGAUGAAGGUGGGAAGAAGUCCAUCACUAGCAACCAGGUCAAGAAGUCCCACACCAGUGAUGGCACCAAGAAAAAGUCCAUUGUCAUUAGUGCAGCUGGGAAGAAGUCUGGCACUUCACAUCCUCAUUGCAAUGAUGAUGAAGAUUAUGUCCUGGUUAAGGCAUCAAUAUCUGGGAAGAGAAAGAACUGA